AUGUUCUCUUCUUUCAAGUACUCAUUCUCUUUCUUUUCUUGUCUCUUCAUCAGAUGCUGUUUUGUCUCAUUCUUCCCUUCCAUAAUUUUUUCUUUCCCCCCGCCCUCAAUCAGAAAAUCUCUCUCCUCCCAAAAUCUCUCCCACAGAUACCAUAUAUUUUUUUUGUCUGCACUUUGCCAGUUGUCCAUCCGGCGUGGCCUCAAAUGUUCUGAUGAUGCCAGCAAGUAUCUCUACUUUUCACUAGAAAGAGGCGCCUUAACCAUUGUCUUUCAUUCCAAAUAUUCAUUCUUUUUUGGUUUUUAUUGUUUCUUGUCUGAAAUUUUUCUUUCUUUGUCUUUUUAUUGUUUUCUCACUUUCUCCUUUCUAACCUCUAAUGUUCUUUGGCUCCUCACAACUUUCCAUCAAGCUACCCCAACCCCUACUACACCAGCCAGCUUGAACCACUAUCCCCAUCACGUUCACAUCCCCUUUCUCCUCCUUCACCUUCUCGAUUUUCUCCCUGAACCCUCCUCACUUCACCAGCCCCUCUUGAUAGACUCCUUCCCGCCUUGCUACCAUCCAGGGGCCCAGACUGCAUCGGUAUGCGGCCAUCAGCGGUGUUCGGCUGGCAGCUGCAGUGGUAGCAACAGCAGAUAUUUCUUCUCUUGUAUAUUUUCUUUUUUUUUCUUUCUUUGUUUUUGUAUUUCUUUUGUUUUUCCUUUCAUCUGUCUCUUUCAUUUUUCUUCUCCAUCAUACUGUUCCUUUUAUACCUUCUCCUUUACUAGAUAUAUCUUUCUUCUUUUCUCACUUCCUUUCUCUGCCUUGACUUUCCUUUUUUUUUUUGUAUUUUUCUUGUUCUUUCAUUCAUUGACUUCUUUUCUUUCUUUUAUUAGUCUUUCUCACAGUACUUCUUCACAUUACCCAAUUCUUCCUCCACUCCUCACCCGACUGUUCGUCCCACGUUUGUUUCCUCUGCUUUUCCCCUCCCUCCCAGUGUUAGUCUUUCAAAAUUCUCUCUGUUUUUCUUCUUCCCCUUCCUCUGCACGUAAAGGGAUGGACGUGUCUGUGCACUCCCUGUAA